CCCCCGCGCCGGACAGGCCCCGGGCUUUCGCCCUCCCGAGACGCUCUCCUCUGCCCGGUCACCCGCGUCCCUGCGAUCGCCCCCAGCUGGCGGGGCGCGCGGAGCCCGGGGGAGCUGGGCCACCGCGGCGCGAGUUAAUAAACAGUUAAGUUUGGAAGACUCAGCAGACACGUUGAGGGGGAGUUACCCAGCUCAGGCAGCAAAAACAUCCCGGCACAUUCCUGGGGAGUCCUCAGCUGCCAGCAUCUGAUUAGAACCAUAUCUCUGGCCGGGAGUGGCCGCGCGGCUCGAGCUCGGCCGGCGGCUAUUUAAGCGGGGCCCGCCGUGCCGGCUGCGCGGCCCCUGCAGGCUCCGGGCGCCGGGAAGUCAUGCUCGCGUCGCCGAGGCGCUGCUAGCCGGUGUCUGGGGUAGGUUAUGUUUAUUUGAGACUUCUCCAUUGGGAAUCGCCUUUGUCUCUAAGUGUCAGCUGGUGCUGGGAUUUGCUGCCUGCCUUCUUGCCAUGUCUAACGAAGUAGAAACAAGUGCAACCAAUGGUCAGCCUGACCAACAGGCCGCACCAAAGGCACCAUCGAAGAAGGAAAAGAAGAAAGGCUCUGAAAAGACAGAUGAAUAUCUUUUGGCUAGGUUCAAAGGCGAUGGCGUAAAAUACAAGGCCAAACUAAUUGGCAUUGAUGAUGUGCCAGUAAUAGAACAUGAGCAUCCAGUAAAUAAGAUUUCUUUCAUUGCCCGUGAUGUGACGGACAACCGGGCAUUUGGCUACGUGUGUGGAGGAGAAGGCCAGCAUCAGUUUUUUGCCAUAAAAACAGGGCAGCAGGCUGAGCCCUUAGUUGUUGAUCUUAAAGACCUUUUCCAAGUUAUCUAUAAUGUAAAGAAAAAGGAAGAAGAAAAGAAAAAGAUGGAAGAAGCCAACAAAGUAGAGAAUGGGAGUGAGCCUCUAAUGAUUCUUGAUGACCAAGCUAACAAACUGAAGUUGGGUGUUGACCAGAUGGAUUUGUUUGGGGACAUGUCUACACCUCCUGACCUAAAUAGUCCAAAAGAAAGCAAAGAUAUCCUGUUAGUGGAUCUAAACUCUGAAAUCGUCACCAAUCAGAAUUCUUUAAGAGAAAAUCCGUUCUUAACAAAUGGCACCACUUCCUGCUCUCUUCCUCGACCAAAGCCUCAGGCAUCUUUCUUGCCUGAAAACACCUUUUCUGCCAAUCUCAACUUCUUUCCCACCCCUAAUCCUGAUCCUUUCCGUGACGAUCCUUUCGCACAGCCAGACCAAUCGACACCCUCUUCGUUUGAUUCUCUCAAAUCUCCAGAUCAGAAGAAAGAGAAUUUGAGCAGCUUAUCUGCUUCCUUGAGUAAUGGGCCCCAGAAUGGUGAUGCUGAUUAUUUUGGUCAGCAAUUUGACCAGAUCUCUAACCGGACUGGCAAACAGGAAGCGCAGGCAGGCCCGUGGCCCUUUUCGAGUACGCAAACCCAGCCAGCAGUGAGAACUCAAAACGGGGUAUCUGAAAGAGAACAGAACGGCUUCCAUGUCAAAUCCUCCCCGAACCCUUUUGUGGGAAGCCCUCCCAAAGGACUGUCUGUACCGAAUGGCGUAAAGCAGGACUUGGAAAGCUCUGUCCAGUCCUCACCACAUGACUCCAUAGCCAUUAUCCCACCUCCACAAACUACCAAACCGGGAAGAGGCAGAAGGACUGCUAAGUCUCCAGCCAAUGACUUGCUUGCAUCAGACAUCUUCACUCCUCCCGUCUCAGAACCUCCAGUCCAGAUGUCACCCACAGGACAGUCUGCAACCAUGCAGACCAACCCUCUGGAUCUCUUCAAAACCAGUGCUCCUGCCCCCGUGGGGCCCCUUGCAGGCCUAGGUGGUGGCCCAGCCACACUCCCUCAGGCAGGACCUUGGAGCCCUACACCUCUGGUCUUCAAUCAGUCCACUGCUGUGGUCCCCGGAGCCAUGAUGGGUGCUCAAUCUUCAGGUUUCGGUCAGCCUAUCAUUUUUGGUACAAGCCCAACUGUUCCAGGUUGGAACCAGCCUUCAUCCUUUGCAGCCGCAACUUCCCCUCCUGCACCUGCCAUUUGGGGCCCUUCUGCAUCUGUGGCACCCAAUACUUGGCCGUCAACAAGCCCUCUGGGGAAUCCUUUUCAGAGCAAUAUUUUUCCAUCUCCUGCUAUGUCCACUCAGCCCCCUUCUACGCUGUCCUCUCUUCUGGUCACCCCUCCUCAGCCGCCUCCCAGAACUGGCCCUCCCAAGGACAUCUCCAGUGAUGCCUUCACUGCCUUGGACCCACUUGGGGAUAAAGAUGUCAAGGAAGUGAAAGAAAUGUUUAAGGACUUCCAACUGCGGCAGCCACCUGUUGUGCCUGCGCGGAAGGGAGACCAGACUCCCUCUGGGACUUCAAGUGCCUUCUCCACUUAUUUCAACAACAAAGUUGGCAUUCCUCAGGAGAAUGCAGACCAUGAUGACUUGGAUGCUAACCAACUGUUGAAUAAAAUCAAUGAAUCACUAAAGCCAGCUCCCAGACAAGGUGCCCUGCCAGUUACCAAAUCUGUUGACAAUGCAUUUGAGAACCCUUUCUCUAAAGAUUCUUUCAGUUCAUCACAAGCCCCUAUGGCUUCUCAAUCUACAUCUCCUGAUAUGUAUAGGGAUCCUUUUGGAAAUCCUUUUGCCUAACAUCUGGUCUUGGUAUGCUGACUAUCCAGAGGAACAAAAAGGUUGGCCUUAGUAGUAAAGGACAAAGCUAAUAGCCAAACAUGUCCUGAUGGCUGCCCUUGUCCGGCUUUGGCAUAUUAUGUGUUGCCUUAUUUCUUGCCUCCUCCACUUGUAAAAUGCCUUUUACUUUAUGUCUAGGCUAAAGCUAAACUGAAUCUAUGGUUUUAAAUAAAUUAAAAUCCUAAACUCACUA